AUGGAAUACUCGUCUUGAACACCCCCACUCAAGGUCGUGGAGGCAGUUUCGACGAAUCUUUAACUACUUGUUUCGGUUAUCAUAUUAUCUUAGCCUGAUACCGUCUACUUUUGGCCGCAAGGUCGCAUACUUUGGUCCUUGGCCGAAUACCUAAUAACAUAAGCUGACAAUACACCUUCAAAUGCUUUCUAAAACACUUUUGAAGAGUUAUCAUAUCUGUUACUCCUCAUGGAGCACAGGUCGAUUACCAACAAUCAAACCAACUCUGUACUUAGCUCUUUGGAACGACUGUUAUCAGGUGCUACUCGUGGUCUUGACGUCCAUCUCCAUACUUCGGCGACAUGUUCUUUAAUCUACCCCCUUUCUUUCGCCUUAGAGAUUUCAAAAACACUUUUGUUCCUCAAGAAAAAUAUAACUACAAAUGGAUCUGAGAAAAUCAAACAAAGCAACUACUCACAUUCCAGUUAUUCCGAGAAUCCUUUAAGUUGUCCUGAUUAUUUUGGUCUUAAAAACUUGGUUAAUGUUACGGAUUUAUUCCAAGCUCGUGUUCAUUUGGGUCACCGAUCGGCGUUACGCAAUGAAUACAUGAAGCCAUAUAUUUACGGUUGUAGACAAGGUGUAGACAUAAUUGAUCUACAACAGACAUGUUCCUUGAUGUUUGAUGCACUUAAUUUCGCGGCUCACAUUGCCUAUCGUCAAGGAAUAAUACUCUUUAUGUACCAGAAUAAACAAAUGUUGCCUUUAAUUGAAAGAACUGCUGAAAAUGUUGGCGAGUAUUCCUACUGCCGCAAAUGGGAAGGUGGAGUAUUCACAAACUCAUCGGAUGUUUUUCAUGACUGUGUGAGGCUACCUGACUUAAUUCUUUUUCUCAGUACCUGUAAUUCAAUCUGCAGACCACAUUCUGCUGUACGAGAUGCGGCAAAGAUGCUCAUCCCAACAAUUGGUGUAGUUGAUACAAAUUCGGACCCCAGAUUGAUUAGCUAUCCUGUGCCCGGUAACGACGAUAGCCCUACAGCAGUACGUUUGUUUUGUGCGUUAUUCGCCGAAGCUAUUACAAGGGGCAAAAAGGCCGCUGCUCGAGAUCGAGUAUUAAAAGAGCAGCUAGACCGCCAGUCUGAGUCAUCAGAUAGCCUGGGAACAUCAGCAAUCGCAUAAUAAUAAUUUAAUCACUGCUCAAUAAACUUGUAUAUGUACAUGUAUAUAUAUAUAUAUAUAUUCGACUGAUGUGUUCAAAAGAAAAUAGCUCUUAUACUUUGUCGAUUCCUCAUCCCUGCUAAAUUUCUGUAACAAUGAUAUUGUAUGGCACAUGUCUGUACAACAAUACUAAUAAUCAUUUUAGAAAUUCACCAACGCCCUACUACUGGACACCCAAUGAGUUCAGUUACAACUGCGAACUGCAUUUAUCUGACCUAUUCAGAAACAUUUGUUUACACGUAAGAAAAACUGAGACAAUCUUAGCAGCACUGAAUACGAUUCGAUCUUUAUUCAGAAAGUAAAUACCACUGGUUUUACGUCGACACUCAGCCACUGAAUGUUUUGUUCCUUCAAUAAACCUAUUAUUUUGCUUUUUCCAUGAUUAGAUUCACCAUCAGUCAACUGGUAAUUUCAUAAAUAUAUGCAAUGCUCCGAAAACCUUAUUGAUCUAAUCAUACCGAUCCACUCAUGUUCGCUCCUUUAAAAGAUCAGGAUUUACAACACCUGAGCAGUAUGGUCUAUUUUAUAGGACAGUAGUCUACGCCACAGCUAAUACAACUUAGCAAAAGCCGAAAGGGUUUUUUAAGUCACUUACUUAACAAAGCCGUCGGGGCUUUCAGAA